CUCUAAAAAUUAAAGAAGUGCAGCAAGGCCACAAAUUUAAACAAUACUCCAAACUUCAUAACUUUUUUGUUUCCGUAACUUUGCAAGAUCAAGACAAUCUGAAGGAAAUAGCAAGACUAACUAAAGUUGAUAACGAUAACGGCACCCGAGCUUUUAUUGCACAGUUAAAUGAAGUAUUAAAAUAUGAUAAAGAUAAUAAAAGUGAUGAUGCAAGUGAUGCUGUUUACGUAACUAUACUUAUCGAGAAAUUUCUUAGCGAUCUUGAGGGAUUAAAAGAAAAUAAUGGCCUUAAAAACACUACUAAAUUCUAUGAUAUUAACAAAGCCAUUAUUAAGCACUUUAAUAAAAUAGAAAACGAAUUUGAAAAUGUAACAUCUUUAACAGAAGGAAUUCAUUCUAAUAACACUUUACUUGAUCCUAAUGUGUAUUGGCAGCCGAGUAUAAUCACCCGUCGCAUCUAUGGCGGAGAAUCAGUGAAGAUUGAAAAGUUCCCGUUCAUGGCGAGCGUCCAGUUUUUCAAAAAGUUUCAGUGCGGUGGCAGUAUCAUCAAAUCCGAUCUCGUCAUCACUUCUGCUUCAUGCCUGCAAUUAGCCUGGAAUAAUCGUUUCUACCGCGAGAAUCCGGCGUUCCUCACCGUGCAAGUCGGGAGCACAUACUACGAUUAUGGAGGCGAGAACAUCCCAGUAAUGGAGAUUUACUUCUACCCGAACUACAAUCCGAAGAACUUGAGACACAACCUGGCGAUAAUGAGGCUGAUGAGAGCUCUGCUGUUCGGCAAGGAAUUUAAGAGGGUAAAGAAGAUAGACUUUGAUAGAUUCCCUAUGCCGUUGGCGUCCAAUGCUGAAAGUAUUACCGUCGUUGGUUGGGGUGCUCAGAUGAUGUCCAAUAUUAAUGAAAAUUCUCGGAAGAAUAGGCUAUCGUAUUCUAUUCUGCAAUUCUAUCCACUUAAGGAGUGUCAGGAGAUAUAUUCGAAGGAAUAUGUGACUAACAGAAACUUUUGUGCUGGAUUCUUCUCAAAAGGAGGAGGUGCCUGUAACAAAGACGCUGGUGGACCAGGUAUUUCCAAAGGCAUACUGAUGGGGGUCAUAAGCUUCGGGUCUCCAGUCUGCGGCGCCACUGAUGCUCCAACCGUCUUCACCAAGCUUGGCUUCUAUACCGACUGGAUCGAGGAAAUCAUGGAAAAGGAAUCCGCUCAAGGGUUCAUUGAAACCACAAAACUGCAAAGAGGUAUUCCUACAAUGAACAUUCCUCGCACAUUAUAUCCUAAACCACCUACUAAAUGGAUCACUCCGAUUAAUACCCCGGACCCGAGUGAUAUACAUAAAGCCACAACACUUGUUCCUGUUCAGGAAUUUGAUCUAAGGGGAAGAGAGAAACCAGAUCAAUUCAAAGGAUUCAUCACAACAAUAUUUCACAGUAGUGAAGAGUCAGACGACAAAGAAAAUAUAAUAAAAAAUGAUAUCAAAAAACCAAUUAAGCAUCCACCACUAAAUGAAUUAUUAAGAAGUAAAGUCAGAAAAAAGACGAGAAAUCAAAAUAAGGAAAAAUCUAAGCAUCGCAAGAAAACGAAAAUAAGAGCUAUUCCUACAACACCGACAUAUGAUUCCUCUGAUUACUAUACCGACGAAGAAGAAGAGGUUACAAAUAAUAAUAUACAAGACAAACCAACAAAUUCGGUUAACGAACAAGCAAUGAAAAACACUAUUAGAAUAUCAGCAAUGACAAAUGAAAAUGCGAACUCAAAUGAUGUUAAGGAUGAGUCGUCAGACAGCUCAUCUGAAACGAAAGAGCGUUCAAACUUAAAGCGAAUUGUAGAGACAAACCCAGCUCUGCUACCAUCAAAACUUUACUUGGCUGACAUAGUGAACAAGGAAAUAAGAAAACAAAGGACUGAGAAGCAGGGAGCUAAUGACAAAAGUGACAGUUCUUCUGAUGGAAGUAGUGAAUCGUCUUAUUCUGAUGAUUCUUCUUCAAGCAAUGAUUCUAACAGCAAGGAUGACGAACGUGAAAAUAAAAAUAACAGUAAUGACAAAGCUGAAGAUGGUUCAGACUAUGAAAGCUAUUCCGAUUCGAAUUCUUCUGAAGAUGAAAAACCAGCGUAUAAACCCAACAAAAAGAUUAGUCUUAACUCUACUAGAAAACUUCUGAAGAUGUUAGCUGAUACGGAUAAUAUUUAUGACUUGUUUUCAAAGGUUUAGAGUUAUAAGUCAAGAUUCAAUUAAAUACUUAAACGUAUGCAAAGUCCUUGGAGAACUUCAGGGAUCCUUUCUAGGAAACCAUUUCGAAAAAUAUACAG